CACCAGUUCUCCAGCCAUUGAACGCCACAACCAUGGCCUUGCCCCGUCAUUGUGCUCGCCCUGGAGCAGCAUUGACGGCCCAAUUGCUCGCCUCCACGCGCAUAUCAACCCUUCCAAAGAUCUGUCAGCGAAACCUCAACUCGGAUGUUCGCAUCACGAGGACCGGCAAGCCCAUCCUAACUGUUUCCGGCGGAAGGUCAUCUCUCGGAGGUUAUACCGCAACCGUCUUCGGAGCUACUGGUUUCCUGGGGAGAUAUAUUGUCAAUCGGCUAGCUCAGUCGGGAUGCACGGUUGUAGUUCCAUUCCGCGAGGAAAUGGCCAAGCGUCACCUCAAAGUCUCCGGAGAUCUAGGGAGAGUGGUGUUUCUUGAAAUGGACCUUCGGAAUCUUGCGUCAAUCGAGGAGAGCGUUAGACAUUCCGAUAUUGUCUACAACCUGAUAGGGCGAGACUAUCCCACGAAAAACUUCUCCCUCGAGGAUGUACACGUUGAAGGAACAAGGCGAAUCGUCGAAGCGGUAGCAAAAUACGAUAUUGAUCGAUUUGUCCAAGUCUCCUCACAUAGCGCUAAUAUCAACUCACCUUCGGAAUUCUACCGCACUAAGGCUCGCGGAGAGCUAGUAGCAAGAGAGAUCUACCCCGAAACAACCAUCGUCCGACCUGCACCAAUGUUCGGCUUCGAAGAUCGUCUCCUCAACACCUUAGCUGGUGUCACUAACGUUAUUACCUCAAACUAUAUGGAACAGCGAUUCUGGCCUGUCCACGCAAUUGAUGUCGGUAUGGCUUUAGAAAAGAUGCUUCACGAUGAUACCACGGCCGCUGAGACUUAUGAACUGUACGGACCGACUGACUACUCGAUGGCUGAGAUCUCAGAGCUGGUCGAUAAGGAAAUCAUGAAGCACAGGCGGCACGUCAACAUCCCGCCUCGAAUCAUGAAGCCGGCCGCCAGGUACUUAAACAAAUACCUCUGGUGGCCAAUUGCAUCGGAAGAUGAGGUUGAGAGAGAGUUCAUUGACCAAACGAUCGACCCUACUGCAAAGACCUUCAAAGACCUUGAUAUCGAGCCCAUUGAGCUGAGUACCAUGACUUACGAGUACCUAAAAGGAUAUCGUAGCUCAGCACACUACGAUCUGCCGCCGAUGAGCGAGCGUGAAAGAAGGGAGGAGAAGAAGUAUUUGCACGUCAUUGAUGAUCAGUAGUUGCAUGUUUACCCGUUCGGAGAAGCCAACUUGUACAUUUUUCUGGCCCAGAGACGGUCAAAUAUUAGUCGCAUAUUUCCUUGUGUACAUU